ACGUCACGAAGCAGCCACGAGAAAGCAGCCGCCGUUGUCGCUAGCCUGCAUUUAGUUUAAACCAAAUACUCGCAAAUAAAAUAACUAAAUUUCAUCAUGUUUAGCAAAACGUUAGCCCUGUGCGCCCUGUUCGCUGUGCUCAGCGUCUGCGUGUCCGAGGACGAGACACGCGCUCGCCUGUUGGUUUCCAAGCAGAUACUUAACAAAUAUUUGGUCGAGAAGAGCGAUCUCCUGGUGCGCUACACAAUCUUCAAUGUGGGCAACGGCGCGGCCACAAAUGUCCAGCUGGUCGACAACGGCUUCCAUCCCGAGGCCUUUGAGGUUGUGGGUGGCCAGCCUGCGGCCACCGUGGAACGCAUUGCUCCACAGACGAACUUCACCCAUGUGCUGGUGGUGCGUCCCAAGGUCGUUGGCUACUUCAACUUCACCGCCGCCGAGGUGUCCUACAAGCCCGUCGAGGAGGCCGAGACGCUCCAAUUGGCCAUCAGCUCGGAGCCCGGAGAGGGCGGCAUUGUCAAUCUGAAUGAGUACAACAAGCGCUUCUCCUCGCAUUGCUUCGAUUGGGUGGCCUUUGCCAUCAUGACGCUGCCAUCCCUGGCCAUUCCGCUCAUCCUGUGGCACUCGUCGAAGAGCAAAUACGAGCGCUACGGCAAGAACAAGAAGCAUUAGGCCUUGUAUUUUGGAAGAACAUUUCAUAGAGAUUUAUGCACACGCCCGCUGCAAUUCCGUAUAACAUUGUUGCUUUAAUUUCCAAUCGUUCCAUGCGUUCAUCCAACCACACAUUUGUAUAGUUAAUAUGAUUAUGUUGCCGCUCCACUUGGAAUUGUAAUGGGUCAGGCGAGCCAAGUAUAGCGUUAAAUCGUUUUAGAUUUGAUUCGAAGACGCAUUUGUAAAAUGAGAAUUAAAGAAGUCCAUUCAAAGUUAA